UAUUUCUCUGCCGCAUUGGUUAGGGUUUACUGAGCCACUCUCACAUUACUUUUUGUGUGUUCUCUUUGUCUCCCCAAUUUCUUACCUUCCUAACAUCAACCUUAGAUCUUUUCCUUUUUCCUCAUUAAUUCGCUUCCAUGGCUUCAACCAUAUCUUAGGGGUUCUCUUGAUUGCUGUUUCUUUUUAAGUUAAGAAAAAAAGAAGAAAAAAAGCUGAAGUUUUCAGUGUCAUCUCUUAAACGUUAACAAUGGCAACCAAGAACCCUUUCGAUCUCUUGGAUGAUGAUACUGAAGACCCAAGUUUGCUUAUUGCUGCUGUUGAGCAGCAAAAGCUUGAAAAGCCUAAGAAAGCUCCUGCUUCGACUCCAGCUGCGGCUCAGCCUGCUAAGUCUGCCAAGCUUCCCACCAAGCCACUACCUCCUUCUCAAGCUGUGAGAGAGGCUAAGAAUGAGCUUGGACGCGGAGGUGGCCGUGGUAGUGGAAGAGGCCGUGGCCGUGGAGGCAGUGGGUUCAACCGUGAUUCCAGAGUCAGCGAUAACUCCAAUGGGUAUUCAGGAGGGUACAGACCCUCUGAAGAGGGAGAUGGGAAGCAGUAUGAAAGGCGCGGCGGCUAUGAUGGGCCUCGAGGUUCUUUCCGAGGGGGUCGCCGUGGUGGUUUUAACAAUGGAGAUUCUGGAGAAGGGGAACGCCCUCGCAGGCAGUAUGAUCGCCACAGUGGGACUGGACGUGGGAAUGAAUUCAAGCGUGAUGGUUCUGGACGUGGAAAUUGGGGUAGUUCUACUGAUGAGAUUGCACCGGAGACUGAAGAAAAUGUCACUGAGAAUGAGAAGAAGAGCACUGAGAAGCAGUUUGGAGAGGAAGAUGCUGCUGAUGCCAACAAGGAGAAUGCUGCAAAUGAAGCUGAGGAGAAGGAGCCUGAAAAUAAGGAGAUGACAUUGGAAGAAUAUGAGAAGAUUCUCGAGGAGAAGAGGAAAGCUUUGGAUGCCCUCAAGACUGAAGGAAGGAAAGUUGAUGUCAAAGAGUUCGAGUCCAUGCAACAACUUUCGAACAAGAAGAGCAAUGAUGACAUCUUUAUCAAACUGGGAUCUGAAAAGGACAAGCGCAAGGAUGCUGAUAAAGAAGAAAAAGCCAAAAAGUCUGUGAGCAUCAAUGAGUUCCUGAAGCCAGCUGAAGGGGAGAGGUACUAUGGACCUGGGCGUGGACGAGGCCGUGGCCGUGGUCCCAGAGGUGGAUAUGGAGGCAACACAGCCAGCAAUGUGCAAGCUCCCUCAAUUGCAGAUCCUGGACACUUCCCCUCAUUGGGUGGCAAGUGAUGUCCGCCACCACAAUCUCCGCAAUGGUUUUCACUUGGAAUCCAUUGUGAUUUAUUCUAUAGUCAGGAGUCACCCCACCUCUCCCCCAAAAAACUCUCAAGACAAAUCACCAUUUCCCUUGUUAGAAACCAUGAACGUGUUUUUGAGUGUAAUUUUGCAUGAAUAUCUUUUUUGUUUUCCAUUCUGUUUUUGUUUUGGGUUAAAAAAUUAGAGAAUAUUACAACUGAGAAGUAGUAGCAUCAGUUUUGGUCCUGUCCGAGACAUUGCGUUAAUGUUAUUUCCAUCCUCUUAAAUUUUAAUCUCUAUUAUUGA